GAUUGUAAUGGAUGCUAAAGCCGUGCUUACUAAUACAGUGAACGUGUUUUCAAAAACCAAGGUGUCUUACAGCAUAUCUGUGCUUGGGAAUUGAUCUGAACUCCGUCUGUAGACCGCAGCGAGUGUGAGCGGGAUCAUAACCGAGCUGAUCUUCUCCAGCGGUGAUUCUGAGCUGAUCUGAGCCUACUUUGAACCUACAUCUGAAGCUCACAUUAGUUUCUCAUCCUGCUGUACGAUUAAACCACACAAUGCCUUUGAACCCAAGUCGCUCCAGAGCGAAGGAUCGCAGUGGCAGCAGCAGCGUUAUGGGCUGGCCCGAGUUUCUGUCCCUGAACGUCCCGCCGCGAAACAACAGAGCGUGGAGAAGAUCCGGCCAGUCCAGGUCCCAGCAGAACCAGCAGAGUGAGAACCUGCCAGAGCCGGGUGAGAGCAUGAAGGAGCGCAGAGAGGCGACCAGGCUGCCGGAUGAAGACUGCAUGCUGCUCAACCCGUCCUUCAGAGGCAUCGCCAUCAACUCACUGCUGGCCAUCGACAUCUGUCUGUCCAAGCGUCUGGGUGUGUGCGUCCACACCACAUCCUCAUGGGGCAGCAUGCGCUCGGCGGUCACUCUGCUGGCUCUGACGGGUCACGGCAUCACGUGGAUCUGUGGGACUCUGGUGUGUCUCACUCAGAGUAACACGCUGGCUGGACAAGAGGUCCUGAUCAACCUGCUGAUAGCGCUGAUUCUUGAUGUCCUGACUGUGGCCGGGGUUCAGAAACUGGUCAGGCGCAAAGGACCAUGGGACAUAAAUCCCGGCUUUCUGGACUAUGUGGCUCUGGACACGUACUCGUUCCCGGCUGCACACGCCAGCAGAGCAGCAAUGGUGUCCAAGUUCCUCUUGUCCCAUCUGGUGCUGGCCGUCCCGCUGCGGGUCCUGCUGGUGCUGUGGGCCGUCCUGGUGGGCCUGUCCCGCGUUCUGCUGGGCCAACACCACCUGACGGACAUGGCGUGCGGCUUCGCUCUGGGCUUCCUUCACUUCAGUCUGAUGGAGACGGUGUGGCUGUCGUCUGGAGCCUGUCAGACGCUCAUCUCCAUCGGGACCUUCAGCUGGGGCUCCGUCCGUUAGACUGCAAACACAGAAGAUGUAUGUUUACAUGCUGAGUCCGAAUGCAUAAUCCAGUAUUUGUAGGAUUAAACACAUAUUGUGCCUCAGUCUUUCAGAUCAGAUGCACAAUGUAAAGGACAAAUGCAGUUCUGAUUUUACAUGCUGGAAGAAACGAGCUCCAGUCGCAUUAUCAGGUCUGUUAGUUAUGAUUUCAGUCACUCUCUGGUGUUUACACGACACUGAAAGAUGCAUUCGUGCUUGGGUAUUUUUAUAUUGCAUGCAAUAGCACUGAAUUUGACUGUACAGUUGAGUUCGGACUCUUUUUCUGUCUCAUUUUCACUUCUUAAUUCUGCAGAACUGAGAUCUUAUAGGGGAAGUUGCUUGGAAAAGAUGUAAUUGCUAAAAGUGUUUUUGUCCUGAUAAACAACUGACAUUUUUAGAAUGUCAUCAACGUUUGAAGAUUAGUUAAUUGCAGCACCAGUGUAAUUUUGAAAGAAAAAAUAAAAAGUUUGGGAUUAAUUAUAAGAACAUCCAAAGCGAAAAGACCCAUUUCUUUUUUGCUUCGUGAUUUAAUAGCUCUUGCAUUUAAUGGUAAAUUUGUGUGUAGAGCACAGUUGUGUGAUACCAUGUCAAAUUUGAUCAGGACUUACAAACAAUCAGUUUUCCAUCGAGGUGUAUUUAUUUCAGGAUGUUGCCUGUCUGGUUUUCUUUGUGUGCAUGAAUUAAGUUCGACAUGUUUUGAAUCAGUAUUUUUUGUGAUAUCAAUCAAAGUACUGUAAUGACUCCUGCAAUAUUCAAUUGAUUUGUAUUUGACAUAAAAACGAACUAGUGAAAUGGUUCUGUA